UCCAUUCUCGAAAUUGAAGGGUUUUGGUCAAAAUAAAUAUUUAUUUUUCAUUUUACUUUUAUUUUUUUCAUUUUGCCGGGAGAAAGAAAGAGGGAAGGGUAGAGUAGAAACCCGCUCAUAAUUUCGCAUCAAAUUUUGAAACAUUUUCACCUUAAGCGCGCUUCUAUUCUUCCACUCUACUUUCAUUUUCGCGAUUCCCCCCUUUUUAUUUCCCUUUCUAUAUUCCAAAUCUCAACACAAGUCGCUUUUAUUCCACUUCAAUUCUUUCUUCAAGUUUUAGGGUUUCACUUCCACUUCAAGUUUUAGGGUUUCACUUCCACUUCAAUAUCCAUGGCUACCGAAACCCUAAUUGAUAACCAACCAUCUCUCCACGACAAACUCCACGAUCUUCCACCCAAUGAAAACAAAGCUGCCGCUGAUGAAGAGGUAGAUGCUUUGACUGAAGUUGACGAAUCAAAAGAGAAGAAAGAGAUCGAUGACCAAGAUGAUGAAUCGGAGAAAGAUGAGGAAAAGGACGAAGGAGAUGAAGGUACAGAUGAAGAUGAGGAGGAUGAAGAGGCUAAAGGGAGUCAGUUGAGGAAAGAGGCAGAAUCUGAGAAAAAGAGUCCAAUUACGCCGACCAGUGACAGGCCGACCAGAGAACGGAAGGUGGUGGAGCGAUACUCUGAACCGUCAUCAAUCAAGGUCGGAAAGUCUGCAUCUAGUAAAACUUUGGUAAUUGAAAAGGGACGUGGUACUCAGCUUAAGGAUAUUCCAAACGUGGCUUUCAAGUUGUCAAAGAGAAAACCUGAUGAGACGCUGCAUCUGCUUCACAAUCUACUGUUUGGGAAAAGAACAAAGGUACACAAUCUAAAGAGGAAUAUAGGCCAGUUUUCUGGUUAUGUGUGGGCUGAAAAUGAGGUACUGAUUUCUUUGGAAAAGCAGAGGAUAAAGGCAAAAGAAAGGAUUGAUAAAUUUGUGAGAGAAAAGUUGUCAGACUUCUGUGAUGUGCUUAAUAUUCCAAUUAACAAGGGCAGUACAAGGAAGGAGGACCUGUCUGCAAAGCUGUUGGAAUUUCUGGAGUCCCCACAUGCUACUACUGAUGUUCUGCUUGCUGAAAAAAAACAGAAAGCCAAAGCCAAGAAGAAGCGAACUAGAAAAACAACCCCUGGCAAAUCUCCCAAGGGAGCAUCCACAGAAACACUAGCAAAGAAGAAAAAGCAAACUCCACAAUCUGGAAAAAAACGAAAACUGUCAUCUGAUGCUGAAGAUGAUGAUACGGCUGAAAUUUCAGAUGCAAAAGAUGAGUCACAAGAAGAUGAAGAUGAAGAUGUUGCAGUGGCAAAUAAUGGAACCGAUGAUGAGGUGGGUAAAUCAGAAGAAGAGGAAGAGGAAGAUAUAUCAGAGGCUCACAAGAGUAAGUCCAAACAGUCUGGGAGGGAAACUUCAGUUGCUAAAGCUGAAUCCAAAAACCAAUCUGUUAAGAAGACCUCUGCAAAAGCUGCCCAAAGCAGUGAAGAAUCUCCAGAUAAAUUAAUACCAAAGAAAUCCAUUACUGAUCAUGAUUCUGUUUCUAUUCCCAAGUCAAACCAACCUGACACCAAGAAACUGAAAACUGGAAAGGAAAAGCAGGACACUAAGAAGGAUGCAAUCAAAACCUCAAAGGCAGGUAAAGAUCAAGUAAAAGGUAAAAGUAGAAAGAAGAAGGUAGAAGAACCUAGCAGGGAAGCCAUGCACUCAGUUGUUGCUAAUAUUCUGAAGGAAGUAGAUUUCAACACUGCAACUUUGUCUGAUAUCCUCCGCCAACUUGGUACACAUUUUGGCCUUGAUUUAAUGCAUAGAAAAUCAGAGGUGAAGAAUAUCAUCACAGAUGUAAUUAAUAGCAUGUCUGAUGAGGAAGGUGAUGAUGAGGAAGCUGAAAAUGAUGGAGAUGGAGAUGUUGAAGAGGGUGGUGAUGCCAGUGAUGAAGGUGACAAUGAAUAAUCUUAGAUUUAAAAAUAGUGACUACAUAAAUUAGAAGCACAAGGGACUUCCCACAGCUAAAUUUUAUGUUCAUUCUUCUGUCAGUGGUCUAUAUACAGGUUAAGUUUGCUAGGUAUAUUUGGUUUGAGAUGUUACCUUUUUCUAAUGCUGGAAACUAGGAUUGUGAUUGUACCAUAUUUAGAUUCAACCCACACCUCUAUUACGGAUCAGUCAUUUUAUUUCUCAUGCUGAAUAGUUUGUUUUUUUACCUGCCGGUGGCAUUAUUGCCUUUUAAUUUAAAUCAAUGUUAAAUUUAUUUGCUA